AUGAUUCAAGGGUUCAAUCAAGGAGGACAAAGGGCCAUAGGAGCUAUCAAGCUAGAAAUCACCAUGGGAGAUACGCAAUCAACUGCAUGGAUGCAUGUGAUUGAUGCAAAGACUUCAUACAAUUUGUUGCUUGGAAUUCCGUGGAUACACGAGAACAAAGUUGUCCCAUCAACCUACUACCAAUGUUUGAAGUAUAAUAAAGAUGGAGUUGAAAAGAAGAUAGUUGAUGAUGAUAAGCCAUUCGCGGAAGCUGAGGCAUACUUCGCUGAUGCAAAAUUCUACUUGAAGAACCGCAUCGUGAAGGAAGCAAGAAUUGGUGACAUCACGAAGGCCAGAGGUGAUAAUAUCGUGUCCAAAAGGGCUGAAGUAGCUUCUGAUGAAUAUAAAGUUACAAUAGAAGCAUGCCAAGUUUCGAAAGCUCACAAAAAGAAUGUUGCAAUUGCAGGUAAGAAAAUAGCUCAUUUACUUCGUUACGUCCCAAAAGUGAAGAAAGAUGAAGGAGAAUCAUCAAGCCUCCAAAAAGUUGCACUAAGAGAAUUAACCCUUCCUAUCAAGCAGAUUGAUACCAUAAAGUUGUUCGCAAAGGUUGGAUAUGAUCCCAAUGAACCAUCUAAGCUAGGGAAGCUCCCACCUGAAGCUAUUAGGAAAGCAAACACAAUGAAGAAUAGGGAGCAUGUGGUGAAGCAAUCACGUGAGGGUCUAGGUAACAAACAACCCCCACCAGUUCGCAUCUCUAUUAGAAGAGCAAGUGGAGAGGUACUCAAAGUGAAGACUCGCACAGUGGUCCACACAAGAGAGCGUGACGAAGAUGAAGAAAGUGUAGGAUCCUCAUAUCAUAUUACUGCGAAUGAGGAGCAAUACACUUCAUCCCUAAGGAAAGUUGACGAAUAUUUGGGAGAUUCCUCUUGGUGUGGCCAUAUAUCUUUUAACGAUGGUGAUCCUCAAGAAGACGAAGAUGUCGAGGACGCUCCUGCGGAACUAGAAGAAGGAAUUAAAAUGACUGUUGAUGCAUUGAAAGAAGUCAACCUUGGCACUACAGAAGACUCCAGGCCCACCUAUGUAAGUGCCCUAUUAACCACAGAUGAAGAAAGCACUUAUGUGGAGCUACUCAAAGAAUAUAGAGAUGUCUUUGCUUGGAGCUACAAAGAGAUGCCUGGUUUAGAUCCUAAAGUAGCAGUUCAUCAUCUCGCAGUCAAGAAAGGAGCUCGUCCUGUUAAGCAAGCCCAAAGAUGCUACAGGCCAGAAUUGAUCCCAUCAAUCAAAGCCGAGAAGAAGAAUGGCCAAAUUCGAGUUUGUGUCGAUUUUAGAGACCUCAAUAAUGCAUGCCCUAAGGAAGAAUUUCCGCUCCCCAUUCCAGAGCUUAUGAUUGAUGCUACCACCGGAUACGAGGCAAUGUCUUUCAUAGAUGGAUCAUCUGGAUACAAUCAAAUACGUAUGGCACAAAAAGAUGAAGAGCUUACUACAUUUCGCACUCCUAAAGGCAUUUAUUGCUAUAAAGUAAUGCCUUUUGGCUUGAAGAAUGCUGGCGCCACAUAUCAAAGGGCAAUACAGAAUAUCUUUGACGAUAUCCUCCACAAGAAUGUGGAAUGCUAUGUGGAUGAUUUAGUGGUGAAAUCAAGAAAGAGAGGAGACCACUUGCAAGACUUAAGAAUGGUGUUCGAAUGA